AUGAUACAGCAACCUUCGCGCCCUCAAAUACAACAACAACAAUCCCCGCGCCCCCAGGUGCAGCAAUCUCCGCAUGCCCAAAUUCAACAGCAACCCCAGCUUUCUCAAAUCCAACAACAAUCACCACACCUUCAGGUGCAGCAACAGCAGACGCCACGACCUCAGGUACAGCAAUCCCCGCGUGCCCAAGUGCAGCAAUCUCCGCAUGCCCAAAUCCAACAGCAACCCCAGCUUUCUCAAAUCCAACAACAAUCCCCACACCUCCAGGUGCAGCAAUCUCCGCAUGCCCAAAUUCAACAGCAACCCCAGCUUUCACAAUCCCCACGCCUUCAGGUGCAGCAAUCUCCGCAUGCCCAAAUUCAACAGCAACCCCAGCUUUCACAAUCCCCACGCCUUCAGGUGCAGCAACAGCAGUCCCCAUGUCCUCAGGUACAGCAAUCCCCGCGUGUCCAAAUCCAACAGCAAUCACCACGGCCCCAAGUCCAACAACCGUCGCACCCUCAAGCCCAGCAUCAAUCGCCACGCCCUCGGCUGCAACAAUCUCCGCGUUCCCAAUUUAAACAGCAACCCCAACUCCCUCAAAUACACCAACAAUCUCCGCGCCCUCAAACAGAGCAGUAUUCCGCCGGUCCAAUCUCCCAAGGCCAGGUCUCCAUUGUACAGGAUCCACCUAUCCUUGCUCCGCAACCUGUGAACCCAGUGCCUCAAGCACCUCUAUCUCUUCCACAGGAGGUCCCGCAACAACAUCAGUUCAUCAACCCAGCCGAACUCUUCGUCCAGACCCCGCUGCCAACCGCGCCGCGGUCGCGAUACCCCUCCCUGCCACAGUUUGACGAGAUAAGCACAGUUCCUCUGGCUGCGGACGAAGUACCUCCACUUCCACCUCCACAGAAAGUGACUUCAAUGCCAGCGCCGGCAACAGUCUCGGCGCCAAGUCCAGCCAGAAACCUAUCAGCCCCGGCUAUUACCCCCCAAGAAUAUAUCCCAAACAUUCAACCCCAGCAGACUUUCCAGGCUCAGCAGCCGCAGCAAUUGCAACAAUUUAUCAGGCCUGAAAAGCUCAAGGUCCUGGAACAGCCACCUGCCAAGCUUGAGGUCAAGCUUCCACCCGCGACGCCGACGCCGAAGUCCAAUCCAGUACGACCUCAACCAACACCGUCACCCGCGGACAAUACUGUUCCACAAGUUGUGAUUCCGGCUCCAUCACCGGAUAUUCAAGUAAACCUGCAAAAUCAAUCCCCCAAGAAACAACAAUUGAAGAAGCAACCCAGUCACCAGUCCAUAGAGAAGCCAAAAAAGUCUUCCAAGCCGCCCGUGGAUUAUCAAGUCUUGCUUCUAUCACUGGCAGACGAAUAUUUGAAUGCCGCACAUAGUCAUGGAACCACCAUGGCACUAUCUACCAGAAGAGAUGACGUUGAGGAAUACUAUAAGCUAAUUUCUACCGGGCUAGGGUGUCUAGAGGCUGUUCUAAAGAACUGGAGACUACAGCCUCGCAAGGAAGCCUUGGUGAGACUGCGAUAUGCCCGGACAUUAUUCGAGGAAACAGAGAAUGACCUUGAAGCAGAGACUGCAUUGAGUAAAGGCAUUGAUCUCUGCGAACGAAAUCGCAUGUUAGAUUUGAAGUACAGCAUGCAACAUCUUCUGGCACGAAUGCUUCAUAAGUCCAAUCCAAAGGCUUCCCUGAAAGCGGUUGAUGGAAUGAUCCAAGAUGUCGAGGCAUACCGACAUGCUGCCUGGGAGUAUGCAUUUCGCUUUCUUCGUGUCUCGCUCUCGUUGUCCGCCCCUACACAUCAGAAUUUCGUUCAAGCACUCCAGCAUCUCCACAAGAUUGCGGCGAUGGCCAAUCGCAAUGGCGAUAGAACUGUCGCGGCAAUGGCAGCAGUCAUCGAAGCGUUGGCGCAUCUCCAGCAAGGCGCCGGCUCUGAUGCAAUCGAACAAGCACAGCGUGCUGUAGCGAUCGCCCGGAGCCAUCAGCUAAAUGACGAACUUCGUAGCAUCCCCCAGCUUUCAACUUUGAUCCAGAUCGUCGAUAUUUGCUGCAGUUUACUUGAGUGCGAUGUGAACCAAUCGGCUGAAAAGCUCAAGGUUAUGCAAGCCCUGGUGGACGAAACACUCAAUGACCCCAACUGGCGCCCUGAUGGCUCAUUCUCCGUUCCCCUGAAUGGAAAAUCUGCCGGUCCAUCGUCAAUCGACACUGGGGAUAUUCUGCAGGUUCAAGGUGGAACUUUACUUUUGAGUUUCAGUUGGCUUCCUCAGCAUGACCUCUAUGCGCUUUCAUAUUUCUUGAGCUCCAUUACGCUGAGUGCCAAGAAUUCAUACGAUGGCCGAAAGGCGGAAAAGUUCCUCGAUGAAGGCAUUCGCAUGAUCCAAGGGGACUUCAAGACGCCACAGGAAAUCCCGGAGGCCAUGGUCAAUGCGGCAAGACGCGUUGAAUGGCGCCGGACUCUGUACUGCAACUUCCUUCUGCAACGGGUCUUCCUGGCUUGCUCUAGAACAGACUGGGAUUAUGCUAGUCAAGCCCUUAAAACCCUCCGCCAGGUGACCCAAGAACUCGGGCCCAACCUUCCCAAAUCCAUUGAAUGUCUCAUGGAAUACGCCGCCGGCACCAUUUCCCAAGCGACCGGAGAUCUAGCAUCCGCCUUGACUAUCUUCCAGUCACCCUUAUUAACACUAUCGCCAUCCGCCAGCAAGAUCUCUCGCAAUGACCCCUACCGCGACAUCUGUAUUCUUUCCGCGCUAAACACAGUCCUCAUCAUACGGGACCCGGCUCAUCCAGCCCAUUCCCACCUCCCUGCUAUUUUGACUACGCUCGAGUCCUUCUGCCAACACAGUCCGAACAAGUACAUCCAAGCAGCUUACUUUUUAGUAUGCUCUACCGUGCACACCGACUCGACUAUACAAACAAAACAAUAUCUCCAACAGGCUCUGCAAUCCGCGACUGCUAUCAGCAAUAGUCAGAUCACAUGCAUGACGCUGACAUUCAUGAGCUGGAAAUAUUUCCGCGGCGUCGUGGGCGAACAGGCUGAAAAGAGCGCAAGGGCUGGUCGGGCCAUGGCGAAACGAGCAAAUCAUCGGCUUUGGGCUAGUGUCACGGAUGAAAUGCUCGCCGAUACUCUCGAACGGCAGGGUAAGGGUGAGGAAGCUAGUAGUGUGCGUGAGGAAGGCCAACGACUGGUUAUGGGUCUUCCGCCUGGCUUGAAACGUCCAACUUAG